AUAGUUUGGUACCGUUCAGACAUCAGUACUUCCAAGAGGAGUUUAUUGGAUGACCUAAGGCACUGGGCAAGAGUGUAGGGAUGGAGUAGCCCAAUUUGAGAUUUGAAAACAUCGAUUCUUCAAACGAACUCUACAAUGCACAGGCAGCCUGUGCACGAUGGCCAAAAUAAGAGUUACACCUGUGCUCCUUCUUAUGUGCGCCAGUUAAGAGGCGAGUGACAGCAUGUUGAACCAACUGGAGACGCUGGCUACAACCAUGACAUACACAGACUCUAAGAGAUAUGAUAUAUGAUAUAUAUCGAGAGAAAUGAUAUAUAUAUUCAUUUCAUAUACUAACACACACAGAGACACACAAUACUGUGGCCCCAACUUCCGAGAGCUGGCCAUAGCCACAACGGACAGCCACUCCAAAACGGGACGUUGAUCGCCCAGUAACCGGGAUGAGUCAAAUAUUUUCCAUCCUUAACAUGUGAACCAGAGAUCAUCAACCUUUUUGAAAAUGAGAGCUAUUUCUUGGGCACUGAUAAAUGCAAAGGGCUACCAGUUAGAUACAACUUCUGAAAUCACACAUUUGCUCAAAUUACCUAUCCUAAUAUGCUAUUGUUAUUAUUAAUAAUGAUAUUCAUUUUGUGAAUACACUGAUCAUGUUAAUGAUUUCUCACAACAAUUAACACUCACUUUAUUUCUGCAAAUCUCUGCCAGUGUUUACAUUCACAAAUGAUCACUUCUACAACAUUCCUAGAAAAUUGCAAUGUCCCAUACUGAGCUAUUUUUUAGAACAGGCCUGCGGCCAACUCAUGGGGGUGCCCGCGGGCACCAUGUUGGUGACCCCUGAUAUGGACCAUGCCAUGCUCACUAGGUCCAUCAGUCUAGUACUGAGCCUUUUUUACCCUUUCUGCUCACUGGAGUUCUUGCUGUUUUUGUCAGUGCGGAAUAAUACUGUCAACCAUCUCGCUGCAACGGAGAAUUCUAAAUGUUAAGUAUUAUUGUAAAACACUCGCUUAUACCCAGAAACAAUUUUUGUUGUUGUUGUGAAUGCUCAUAAAUACAUGACAUGGCAUUUUAGAUUGGCCGUUACAUCGGCAAUUCAAAUUUUUAAUCGGAGAAAAACUAGUUGCCGGCGGUCAGCCACUCAUGAAAAGUAAUUGCUGAACCCAGCACACUGUGCAACAGUUAAGUCGGGUUCGGCGUACUUAUUGUUGUGUCCAGCGAGUAUAAUGAGGAUCUGUAACACUGAUUCAAGGUCUCUCAUAUUCUUUCUAGAAGCUUCUGCACUUCAGUUGGAUAUGCACACAAUGAAAAAUAUCGGCAGUGGUGGUGGCAGCAUAGAUAAGAGUAAUAAAGGAGAAUCAAGGGAAAGCAUCACUGGAAUUCUCAACCCAACAAUAUGUCUCCACCUGGGUGAUGUUCUACUGUUCACUGUCACCACUCGUCACUAUCCUCAGUAUGAUAUUGACAACCUGUACAACACGAACAGUGAUUUUGACUGGGGUACAUUGAGAAAACUAAAAGAGGAGCUGACUCUGUCGUGGACACCUCCCAGCUUCUUUUCAUUCGUCUUUAACCAGGCUGGAGUGUAUGUUUUUAAACUCAGCAGCCAUCACUACAAACGUAUGUAUGUGCGGGUGAUGCCUGCGGGUGGUCAGUGUUAUGAGCCAGGGCCCUUCUUCGCAACUAUUCCACGCCACAUGACCAGAGUGGGCAUCAGGAGGAGAAGAAACCUCUUACUCCAUCCCGACUGGCUGGUGACGGGAGGACUUCUGUUUGGAGCUGCGCUCAUCUUGUGUUUAUGCGUGACAGUCUUGAUCCUUUUCCAUGAGUAUGGUUGGCCAGAGAAGAAGCCAAUCAGAGCACGGUAUCACUCGGGGCAGAUGUCCUAUCACAUGGAGGAUUAUGCAUCAAAGGGUUCAAGGGUGAUCUCCCAAAUGAAGAUUCACAGAAAACAACAGGCCACAAUGACGUUGAGCUCCAUUCAACAUGAGGCGUCAGAGGAGUUCUGGGAUUACGAGCACCAGGUGGAUCUGGAGGCCUUCAGCAGCAACACUUUCUACAACCUGCUGCUCAAACACAGCGUGUCAGUCACCGCUCGCCUGGGGCAGCUCACCACCGAGGUCAAGGAGCUUUACCAGGGCGUUCUUGAGAAACUACGGCUGCUCCACCCGUGCUUGGUGGAUGAGGAGAGCAAGGGGGAGGUUCACGACAAGACGAGGAGAGAGGUGGAGAAGGAGGUGGUCCGCAGGAGGUCUUUGGCUACACACCUGAGGACGCAGCUCCACAGUCAGCUUCAGGUUCUGAGACAAGAGCAGCAGGCGCAGCAGAAGGUCCACAGUGUGUUCACAGCUCAAAUGCGAGAAUGCACCAGAAUACUGGGCAAGGCCAAUCAGAUAUCUCAUGCACAGCGCCAACAAAAUUUGAUCCAGCGGUUGAGGUCCGUGGUGGUUGAGAUGGGGGGACUGGUAUCAGCAGAAUGCCAGCGUCAGGGGUCCUGGGGGCUCUUGGGCGAAGGCACAGGGGCCAAACUGCUCUGUCGGGACAGCGCCACAGUGCUGAACAAAGACAGCAUCUUCGGUUCUGAUGGGUCCCUUCGAGACUGUUGUCCAGCUCAUUAUGACACAGUCACAGGCCUCAUUAGACCAAAUGCUCACAGCCACAUGCUGCUGGGCAAUGGUCACAUAAUGGCAAUUCCUUCCGAUUUCUUCCUGCAUCCGCAAACCGGCCGUGUUCUUCCCAUCGUUGGGAACGUUGCCUAUGACCCCGAAAGCUCCACUUUGGUGUUCACGACUGACCCGUGUGCAGGAGACAAGAGGAAAUGGGAAAGUCCUCUUAUUCCUUUCAUUCCAUACCCGACCUCCUGCCACUCAGACCAACCUCUGCCCAGCAUACGGCUGCGAGGCCUCCGACCGGGCCAAAAACUGCAGCUAAGUGCCCCCGUGGCAGACGCAGACACUGGGGUUCCAGUGCCUGUUCUAGCUGUUACCAUCCACCCACAAACUGGUCUGGUAUACCCACUGGGAAGGAUUCAUUUGUGCCCUAUAACCCGUUUGCUGCAACCCGUCCAAAUCGGCUAUCCAAUGCUGGAUCCCAAGUCAGGAAAGGUUGUGCUAACUGUUGGCAUCAGUUUAGAUCCAAUGACAGGUGUUGUGCUGCCAGUAGGGGGAGUCCUGCUGGGUGAGUCCUUUAUUGAGCCCCUGAGUGGGAAGAUGGCGAGGGUGGGAGGUGCUAGCAUUCAAGCUGGGCAGUUGGUGCCUCAUGCUGGAGGAUACCAGACUCUUUUAGACAGCAAGGUUCUGGCAUUCAUGUUCAAAAUAGUGGAGCUCCUGAGGCCCCUGAGUGAGGAGUGGGGGUUGGAACCAGUUUUGCAGGGAGGCGAGCAAGGGCGUCAGUGGCAAGAUUGUAUCCGUGCAGCGGCCAUCGAGCUCCAUCAGCACUGGAGGAGGAGUCAGCAUUGCCAGCUGCAGCUCCAGACCAGGCUGGAAAUCAUGUUGGACACAACGGUGGGCCUGCAUCAAAAUGGAGGCUCCCUAGGAGAGAUGGCUCUGUCAGGCUCGGACACACCAGUACCUGCCUUGUUGGGGCUGGACUACCCCGACCCAUUGGGAUCUGGUCUCAGUGUACCCGUGUUGGGGUGCCGGGUUGACCUUGUCUCAGGGAGAACAGUUGGGCUGGCAGGGACCAUGGAGGACCCAGAUGGCAAUGGUCUGGUGGCGAUCCGUUAUGGCUCUCAGGCUGUUGACCCUGUAACAGCUGCGGUGGCACCAGUGGUUGGCGCCAGGCUGGAUGUGUUCACCAACACAGUUGUACCCAUCACAGCCUCCUACUGGUUGGCUGUGGCAGAUCAAACUGACAGCAUGCAGGUGGAGGCUCUUGAGAGAGAGAUGUGUGCGCGGAACACUUAUUGGCAGCAGCAGAGACGACGGGAAGAGGACAUCCUCUCUGACGCGGACUCAACUGUGUUCCAGUGUUUUCUCAGGGUGACGGAAGCUGGCUGCCAUCAGGAGGUGCAGUUGUCAGGCAAGCCGCUGAGGGAGGCCGCUGUGGAAAUGCACGACUUAGCGCAGGCUGAGGCCCAGAGGAGAGCGGCCCAGCGCGCCACUUUGGCUCUGAUUCUUCCUCCGCAUUUUGUGAACAUCCUCAGCAUGGUCGAUGAAGAAGAAUGGGAUCAGCACUGUGUUUGGUACACUGAGUUGGUGUCAGGCCUCGACAUGGUGGAUGUGUGCAUGCAGCAGCUCCAACAAGACCAGGACAAAUGGAGCAUGCAAAAAGGAGACGAGUGGACAACGAGUGCCCAUGUUAUGGACAGGGAGGCGAGGCUGGGAGAAAUUUGGGAGCGAUGUUCUUCCAGAUUGUCAGAUUUGGAUGUUGCACUCAUUAAGCUGCAUUUUGUUCGACACCUUUCCAACCUGCGUGGUGACACAGCUCAGGCAGUCUUGUGUGGAAACUUCUGGUACAGGGAAUAUGGCCUGAUCCGGUUCUGUCAGCCCAGACCGACUGGGAACAUUGUGAGUUUGCUCCAGUGGAAGAUCUUACCCCUUUUGGAAAGAAUGAACCAACAAUUUGUGGGUGAUAAACAGCAAGUCACUCUCAAGGCUAACACCAGUCAUCAGUGCACUUUUGGGACUGAUCUGCAGCCAGAUAGAGCAGGUGCUCAACCAAGUAAAAUUGCUGUCCCGACAAUUCCAGAGGACGAAUGGACAACACUGCUGGAAGUUUCUCCUCUAUUCCAGGUCUUGAAAGGAGUGGAGCAAGAGCUGAAAGACAAGAGCGCCAACAGUUUUGUGGACGUCCUGGAAUGUCAGUGGAAAUGUGAGGGAGAGUUGAUCCCAUUAAACCCAUCAGGCCUCAACCCCAGAGAAUUCUUAGUGUACCAGCACGGACUUUUCCUCAUACAUACCUUGCAUGGUCUGCAACUGACUCCAACUGUUUCGCUCCAAUUAGCUGCGAGUCUUCCCAAUAACAACUACCACAACAAUGCCUUCAGGAAUUCCUUCUUUUAUCAGGAAGCAGAUGAAACUCUCUUUGUUCGACGCCAGAGGCUCCAGUCUGUUGGGGGCUUUUCCCUGCUUCUGCUGCACUGUUUGUCCCAUGUCGCAACCAAAGACAUGAGCAACGAUUCCGCCCCUGCCUUUGGAAGACUCUUCUGUAAGGUACUGCAGGCAUCUCUUGGGGAGCUAUUCCAGGCUAAACUGGCCUUGGAUUCCUCAGCACACGAAGCCCAUUGGUCGUUUCGAGAUGACAAAUCCCCUUGGGGUCACUCGAAGUCUUUCAGUCUGCUCGACUGUGGGGAUCGCUCUGCUUAUCUAACGGAGGCAAGCAGAGCGCCACUCUCUCAACACGACAUCGAGGAUCUUGGGAGGAAACACAGAGAAACGUCUCUGGUCUCCCAACUCGAAAGAGUUUUAAGAAAAAGAAACACAGCGACAGAAGAAGACCGAAAGCAUUCUUUAUUGGACAAGGAACCAUAUUGAUUAAUUUAAAUUGAAGUUGAAACUUAAGGUUGUCAUGUGAUUUCUCCUAGCCAAGCAAUGAAAUGUAAUGGGAAAAAAAAUACAUAAAACAAUUGUAUUGUACUGGUGUAUCCUUAUUAAAAAUAUUAUUACAAUUAAAGUC